CAAUUCAACUCUUCCUUUGGUUUCUUUUCUUAUCAUAACCAAUACCAAUGGCAUCUUCAGCUUCAUUGAUGGUCCUGGCUUUGUUAAUGGCGAGCAUCGCCGCCAUUGCUGAGGCUCGAGCUUUCUUCAUUUUUGGUGAUUCACUUGUUGACAGUGGCAACAAUAACUACCUCGAAACCACGGCUCGUGCUGAUUCCCCACCUUACGGCAUCGAUUAUCCGACAGGAAGACCCACCGGCCGUUUCUCUAAUGGCCUUAACAUCCCAGACCUGAUUGGUAAGCAAAUUGGAUUGUCGGAGUCACCAUUGCCAUAUUUGAGCCCAGAUUUUAAUGGUAAAAAGCUGCUUCUUGGUGCUAACUUUGCUUCAGCUGGUGUGGGAAUCCUUAAUGACACUGGAGUUCAAUUCGUAAAUAUACUGAGAAUGUAUAGACAGUUGGAGUUGUUUGAAGAAUACAAGCGAAGAUUGUCAGGUUUACUUGGAACAAGGCAAGCUAAUCGAGUAGUAAACCAAGCACUUGUCCUUAUUACAGUGGGUGGUAAUGAUUUCGUCAACAACUAUUACUUGGUUCCCUUCUCUGCAAGAUCUAGACAAUACAGUUUGCCUGAUUAUGUCCGCUUUCUCAUUUCCGAAUAUCGAAAACUCUUGAUGAAGCUAUACAAAGCAGGAGCACGAAGGGUUCUAGUGACAGGCACAGGACCAUUGGGUUGUGUUCCAGCAGAACUUGCAAUGAGGGGCAACAAUGGAGGAUGCUCACAAGAACUGCAACGCGCUGCUUCCUUGUACAAUCCACAACUUGUUCAGAUGAUUAAUGGACUCAAUGAUAAAAUUGGCAGAGAUGUCUUCAUCAGUGCAAAUACUCAAAAAAUGCACAAUGAUUUCGUUAGUGACCCUCAAGCCUUUGGAUUUACAACAUCAGAGAUAGCCUGUUGCGGACAAGGACCUUACAAUGGACUGGGUUUAUGUACUCAAUUGUCGAAUUUAUGUCCGAACAGAGAUCUAUAUGCGUUUUGGGAUCCAUUUCAUCCAUCGGAGAAAGCUAACAAAUUGAUCGUAGAACAGAUAAUGACAGGGUCUAAUGAAUACAUGAAUCCUACGAAUCUCAGCACUAUCAUAGCUUUUGAUUCCAAGAUCUGACAUCAACUCUUAAAAUGUUGUUGAAUAAUUUGUUGGAGUCAUAAAAUUAAAUUUAUGCUUCAAGUUGUUUUUGCUGUUGUGUGGAAUAUUGUGAUGUUGGAGCUGGACAUGCAUGCCUUUUUAAUGGAAUUAAUGAUGAUUAGAUUUGGUAAAA